AUGCUCUACACUCACGCUACAAUCAUCACCGUCGACUCCAACCGACGCAUCAUCGAGGACGGUGCCAUUCGCGUGGAAAAUGACUUAAUCGCGGAUAUCGGCAAGACCGCAGCCCUGAAAACCAAAUACACCGACGAUGAGGAGUACGACCUCACCGGCCGGAUAAUCAUCCCAGGCCUCAUCUCGACACACAUGCACACGGCUCAGACACUGCUUCGUGGUGCUGCCGAUGACCUCGAGUUGGUUUCUUGGCUAUGCGAGCGAAUCUGGGUGCUGCAGGGAAAUUUCACGGCCGAGGACGGAUAUGCCGCAGCGCGGUUGAGUAUUGGGGAAAUGCUGAAGUCGGGCACGACCUGCUUCUUGGAGAGUAUGUUCGCGGACCGGUAUGGAUUUGAUGGUCUGGCGCGAGCAGUCGAGGAAAGUGGCAUCCGGGGCUGUUUGGGUAAGAUUGUUAUGGACAUCGCAAAGUAUGCCAAGGAUGAUGCCUGGGCUAUGCAUCCUGGACUGGUCGAAGAUCGGGAGACAUCAUUGUUGGGUACGGUGAAGAUGUGGGAGAAGUGGAAUGGGAAGGCUAACGACCGCAUUCGCGUAUGGUUCGGGGCUCGCACUCCUGGAGGAGUAUCAGACACACUGUACCGCGAGAUGACCAGUAUAUCCCGCGAAAAAGGCAUCCCAAUCACCAUGCACUGUGCCGAGGUGCGCGCAGACCGAGAGUUCUUCUCAUCUGUCAACCACACCCCCAUGUCGUACUGUGACUCAGUCGGUCUACUCUCGCCCUCGACAGUGUUAGUACACAUGGUCCAUCUAGACGACGACGACAUCAAGCGCCUUGCAGGAUCAGGAACGCACGUCGCACAUUGUCCGACCUCCAACGCCAAACUCGCGUCUGGAAUCUGUCGCGUGCCGGACUUGCAGCGCGCCGGCGUUAAUAUCGGCCUCGGCACCGACGGCGCUCCCUGCAAUAAUACCUGCGAUCUUCUGCAGGAGAUGAAGCUAGCGGGUAUCAUACAUAAGAGCUUAUCCUAUGACCCGACCGCCGUACCGGCCGAAUCUGUUCUCGAGAUGGCGACUAUCAAUGGCGCCCGUGCCUUGGGAUUGGAGGAGAGGAUCGGUAGUUUAGAGGUUGGCAAGAAGGCUGACUUUGUGGCUAUUGACACUCGUCGGAUUCACUUGCAGCCUUGGUUUAACCCUGUCAGUGCGGUUGUCUACACGGCUACCGGUAGGGAUGUUGAUAUCGUGGUUGUGGACGGGAAGAUGCUGGUGCGUAAUGGAGAGCUGUUAACCAUGGAUGAAGAGGAGAUCGUGCGCGAGGCGCAGAGAAGAAGUGAAGAGGUGGUCGCCAGAGCUGGCUUGAAAGAUCGCGUCAAGGCUCGGUGGCCGGUAGAAUGA